AUGCCUCGCGACGGAUCUGGACACUCUCACAACGCCAUUGAGACCGGCCACAACAUCAUUCACGGGGCCGGUGAGGUCAAGGACCCCCACGUCAACCGCGCCGACAAAACCGCGCCCCUCCCCGAGGGUGAAAAGGGUCUCGCCAUUGAGGGCCUGCCCGCCAGCGGCGGCCAGAGCCAGGGUCUUGCCCAGGGCCCCGACGCUGGCCAGGGCGGCAGGGGCAGCACCAACUAA